AAUCACCACUGCCUCUGCUCUCCCCUCUUUCUUUCUCUUUGCCCGUUGUCUCUCGCUCCCAAUCGCUCCCUCCAUCUCCAGGUGCAGUCACGAUGCAACAGCAAAGAAAAUAUCCUAAGAUCAAGUCACAGUGCAGUGGACAUCACCAAGGUAGCCCGGAGGCACCGCAUGUCCCCCUUCCCCCUCACCUCCAUGGACAAGGCCUUCAUCACUGUGCUGGAGAUGACCGCCGUCCUGGGCACUGAGAUCAUUAACUACAGAGAUGGGAUGGGUCGAGUCCUGGCUCAGGACGUUUAUGCCAAAGACAACCUGCCACCCUUCCCUGCCUCUGUCAAGGAUGGUUACGCUGUGAGGGCUGCUGACGGCCCAGGCGACCGCUUCAUCAUCGGAGAGUCCCAAGCUGGAGAACAGCCCACUCACACAGUGAUGCCUGGUCAGGUGAUGAGGGUGACGACAGGCGCCCCUAUCCCCUGUGGAGCCGACGCUGUUGUCCAGGUGGAAGACACCGAGCUCCUCCGUGAAUCUGAAGACGGCACAGAGGAGCUGGAGGUACGAAUCCUAGUACAGGCUCGUCCAGGGCAGGACAUCAGGCCUAUAGGUCAUGACAUCAAGCGUGGGGAGUGUGUGCUGGCAAAGGGCACCCACAUGGGCCCGUCCGAAAUCGGUCUCCUGGCCACUGUCGGAGUCACAGAGGUGGAGGUCCAGAAAUUCCCUGUGGUGGCCGUCAUGUCCACAGGAAACGAGCUGCUGAACCCAGAAGAUGACCUUCAUCCUGGCAAGAUCAGGGACAGCAAUCGCUCUACCCUGCUGGCCACUAUCCAGGAGCACGGCUACCCCACUAUCAAUCUGGGCAUCGUGGGAGACAACCCCGAUGACCUUCUCAACGCUCUGAAUGAAGGCAUCAGCCGCGCUGAUGUCAUCAUCACCUCAGGAGGAGUGUCCAUGGGAGAGAAGGAUUACCUUAAGCAGGUGCUGGAUAUCGAUCUUCAUGCUCAGAUCCACUUUGGUCGUGUUUUCAUGAAACCAGGUCUCCCAACAACAUUUGCCACCUUGGACAUUGACGGUGCUCGCAAACUAAUCUUUGCCCUCCCAGGAAACCCCGUGUCCGCUGUUGUCACCUGUAAUCUUUUUGUCAUCCCUGCCUUAAGGAAGAUGCAGGGCAUUUUGGACCCUAGGCCCACCAUCAUCAAAGCGAGGUUGUCUUGUGAUGUGAAGCUGGACCCUCGCCCUGAAUACCACCGCUGCAUUCUGACAUGGCAUCACCAGGAACCUCUGCCAUGGGCACAGAGCACAGGGAACCAGGUGAGCAGCAGACUGAUGAGUAUGCGCAGUGCUAACGGGCUCCUGAUGCUACCUCCGAAAACAGAGCAAUACGUGGAGCUGCACAAGGGCGAGGUGGUCGACGUCAUGGUCAUCGGCCGGCUAUGAUGUCGUCACGGAGGGACGGAGAGUCGGCAUCAUAUAGCGAGGGUUGGAAUGGGUGGUUCACGGUGCAUGUCCACAUAUCAUUGACUAUUCUGUAAUAUGCAACGGCACAGCUAGUUUUUAUUGAUUUGGAUAACGUUGAGGUAUAGUCAACAUCUUGAUCACAACCUAGA